AUGGAGUCUCGCAUGGGCGGCGCGAUGAAGGACGUUGAGGCCUUGAUGCAGAGCUCGGGCGACAUCGAGGAGAACAUCCGGCAGUGCCUGGCGCGCCAGGAGAGCGUGCUGCCCCUGGUUGCGGUGCUCCAGAUGAACAUCGGCAGGGCUCAGAAGUCUGGCAACCAGCAGAUGGAGAGGGCUUUGACGUUUCUCUACAACACCAUCAACCAGGAGCUCGAGUCCAAGGUGCCUAUGGUGAACCGGGUGCUCAGCCGCUGCCUGAGCACGGAGGACUCGGAGGCGCGGCGGGAGCUGCUGAAGGUCUACUUCUCGGAUCCCAACUCUGAUGAGGAGGCCAGCGAGCGUCCAAAGUCGAUGUCCAGUGCCAUUGUCGGGCUCGUGAGGGAGGCCCAAGGCCAAGCGUCGCAGCCUGGCUUGGAUCUCAAGGGCGCCUUGGCCCGGAUCCGCGAAGUGGCCCUGGACGUGGGCGUGGUCCUGGCGGAGGUCGACGAGGCCUCCGAGGUGCAGUCGCAGUUCCUGGAAGAUCUGCAGCCGCUCUUUGAUGCCACGGAUGCAUUAGACUAG